AUGUUCAUGCAUAUUCGAUUUGCGGAAGAAAAUGAUUUCCUUAAAUGGGAAUUACCAAAACUGAUUAAAGUCGUAAAUGCAGAUGGCACACCGAAUCAGAUGGGUACCAUUACCCACUAUACCUGGAAGAUGAUGAAGAUUGGAGGAAGGAAGACACUUACUCGCUUCCUCUUAACCGGUAUUGGCAAAGAUAAUAUACUUCUCGGCAUGCCGUGGCUUAAACGCCUCAAUCUGAUGAUUAAUUGGGAAACCGGUGACUUUUGGUUUGGCAAGGAUGCCAAAUGGCCGCUGAAACCCACCGUCGAAGAUGUACCAGAUGAAGAAGUUUCAAUUUUCAAAGAAGAUGACCUCCCGGAGUUAAUCACCACCGAAACUUCUCCGACCUCAUUUGGACAUUCAGAAUCUAUCAGAGAAAUCAUAGCCGAUGACACUGAGCGUGGCGAGUUACCCGCAGUACGGAAUGAUACCGAACCAGACGACCCACUAUUAGAACCCUCUAUGGAUCAAUUUGAUGAUGACGAUCUAGUUAUCUCCUAUAUUGCAGGAGAACCAGUUAUUGGAGUAUUUGAACCCAUCAGGAAGGAGUCACCUUUAACAAAUGAAGAGACUGGAACCGCAGUCUUCACUAUACGAAGAGGCCCCACCAUCGGAAGAAUUACACACAGUACUUGA